AUGACUGCAGUUUCACUGGGAAUGAACUGCCCAGGGAAUGAGAGGCGCUCAGGAACCCUAAGAGUCAGCUGGCUGCGGGAGAACCGGCAGCAGCCUCUGGAUAUGGGUCAUCUCUACGGUCCCAGGAGCAGCACCAGUCGGAGGAACCUGCCGCAUCUGUUACUGUUUUUCCUGUUCGUGGGACCUUUCAACUGCUUCGCAAGUUACAGUCGAGCCACAGAGCUCUUCUACAGCCUGAACGAGGGGCUACCGGCUGGAGUGCUCAUUGGUAGCCUUGCAGAGGACUUGCAGCUUGUCCCCCAGGCAGCAUCAGCAGAGGCGGCAGUGGCAGCAGGGGGUGAGGAAGACCCGCAACUGCACCAGCACCCUGGAGAGGAAUGGGACCCCCCUCUUUCCUUCAGUUUGGCGUCCCAAGGGUUAGGUGAUCAGUAUGUGACCCUGGACAACAGUUCAGGGGAGCUGCACACUUCUACACGAGAAAUUGACCGAGAGGCGCUCUGUCUUGAAGGAGGUGGGGGAGGCGGCGGUGGGGGAGGCGGGAGGAGUGGCAUCUCAGUCUCCUCCUCAGCUUCCUCAGAAUCUUGUGUCUUGCUCCUGGAUGUCCUAGUCCUGCCUCAGGAGUACUUCAGAUUUGUGAAAGUGAAAAUUGCCAUCCGGGACAUCAAUGACAAUGCACCUCAGUUCCCUGUGUCCCAGAUCUUUGUCUCAGUUCCUGAAAAUGCACCUGUCAACACCCGACUAGCCAUUGAGCAUCCCGCCCUGGACCCAGAUGUGGGUAUUAAUGGGGUUCAAACUUAUCGCCUCUUGGACUAUCACGGUGUCUUUACCCUGGAUGUUGAGGAGAAUGAAAAUGGAGAGCGCACCCCAUACCUAAUUGUCAUGGGGUCAUUAGACAGGGAGAUUCGAGACCAGUAUGUAACCAUCAUCAUUGCAGAAGAUGGUGGCUCUCCACCUCUCAUGGGGAGUGCCACUCUCACUAUUGGCAUCAGUGAUAUUAAUGACAAUUGCCCCCUUUUCACAGACUCACAGGUCAAUGUGACUGUGUAUGGAAAUGCCUCAGUGGGCACUUCUGUGGCAGGUGUCCAGGCUGUGGAUAGAGACUUGGGUGCCAAUGCUCAGAUCACCUACUCCUAUAGCCAGAAGGUUCCACAGGUAUCAAAAGAUCUCUUCCACCUGAAUGAAAUCACUGGAGUCAUUAAACUCUUCAAAAAGAUUGGGGGCAGUGUUCUGAGAUUACACAAACUCACUAUACUUGCCAAUGGACCAGGCUGCAUUCCAGCUGUAAUCACUGUCCUGGUGACCAUCAUCAAAGUAGUUUUUCGUCCACCUGAAAUAGUCCCUCGUUAUAUUGCUAAUGAAGUUGAAGGAAUGGUUUACUUAAAGGAGUUGGAACCAGUUAACACCCCAGUUGCAUUUUUCACUAUCAGAGACCCAGAAGAUAAAUAUAAGGUGAAUUGCUACCUGGAUGGUGAUGGACCAUUCAGAUUAUCUCCCUAUCAACCAUACAGCAAUGAAUACUUGUUGGAAACCUCAAAGCCUUUAGACUAUGAGAUGCAACCUCUCUAUGAGAUAACUGUGGUAGCCUGGAACUCUGAGGGAUUUCAUGUUAAAAAGGUCAUUAAAAUCCAGAUUCUAGAUGACAAUGACAAUGCACCUGUCUUCACUCAACCAUUGAUAGAACUAUCUAUUGAAGAAAAUAAUGCACCAAAUGCCUUUCUGACAAAGUUGCAUGCCACAGAUGCUGACAGUGGGGAGAGAGGUCAAGUUUCUUAUUUCCUUGGACCUGAUGCACCAUCAUAUUUUUUGUUAGACAGGAUCACAGGGAUUUUAACUGUGUCCACUCAGUUGGACAGAGAAGAAAAAGAAAAAUACAGGUACACGGUAAAAGCAGUUGACUCUGGGGUACCACCCCAAGAGUCAAUAGCUACAGUUGCCAUCACUGUGUUGGAUAAAAAUGACAAUAGCCCUAGGUUUAUCAACAAGGAUUUCAGCUUUUUCGUGCCAGAAAACUUCCCAGGUUUUGGUGAAAUUGGAGUAAUCAGUGUCACAGAUGCAGAUGCAGGACGAAAUGGAUGGGUUGCCCUUUCAGUGAUGAACCAAAGUGAUAUUUUUGUCAUUGACACUGGAAAGGGCAUGUUGAGAGCAAAAGUCUCUCUGGACAGGGAGCAACAAAGUUCCUAUAUUUUGUGGGUUGAAGCUGUUGAUGGAGGUGAACCUGCCCUCUCCUCUACUGCAAAAAUAACAAUUCUUCUUCUUGACAUCAAUGACAACCCUCCUCUUGUCCUGUUUCCUCAGUCAAAUAUGUCUUAUCUAUUGGUCCUACCUUCUACACUACCUGGCUCACCAGUUACAGAAGUCUAUGCUGUUGACAAAGACACUGGUAUGAAUGCUGUCAUAGCUUACAGCAUAAUAGGGAGAAGAGGUCCUCGUCCUGAAUCCUUUAGGAUAGACCCCAAAACUGGCAACAUUACUUUGGAAGAGACAUUGAUGCAGAAUGAUUAUGGGCUUUACCGUUUGCUGGUUAAAGUGAGUGACCAUGGUUAUCCUGAGCCCCUCCAUUCCACUGUCAUGGUAAAUCUAUUUGUCAAUGACACUGUUAGCAAUGAGAGCUACAUUGAAAGUCUGUUGAGAAAGGAACCUGAGAUCAGCAUAGAGGAAAAAGAGCCACAAAUUUCAAUAGAACCUACUCACCGAAAAGUGGAAUCAGCAUCUUGUGUGCCCACUUUAGUUGCCCUGUCUGUGAUAAGUUUGGCAUCUAUCACGUUAGUAACUGGGAUGGGAAUAUACAUCUGUCUAAGGAAAGGGAAAAAGCAUCACCGGGAAAAUGACAAUUUGGAAGUACAAAUCCCACUGAAAGGAAAACUUGACUUACAUAUGAUAGAGAGGAAACCAAUGGAGAUUUCUAAUAUUUGA